AAAGCUGGACGGUGUGGGUCGCGCUGACCGGUGGAGUUUGACUGGCGGACUGAACGGCUGGGACUGAGCAGCUGCAGGACUGAGCGACUGCAGGACUGAGCGGCUGCAGAACUGAGUGGCUGGGACUGGGACUGACGUGUGUUAUCGUGCCCAAAGGACAUGAAGCUGAGAACAACGUUGGUGCUGCUGCUAGUGGUGCUGCUCGGUCUGCUGCUUCUGGAGGCCGACGGGGCCCGGUCCGGCAGGCCCGGACGUCCGGGGAAACCUGGCCGACCCGGAGUGCGGGCCGGAGCGCCCAGAGGCCGGCCCGGAGUCCGGGGUCGCGUCAGAGGGCACGCCAGGGGCAAGGUUCGCGGCAAAAGGCCGACCAAGGGCCGCAAGCCAGUCGUGCACAAGGAGGUGCCGGAGCGGACUCCCGUCUACCUGGAGUUAGCCGGAGAGGAGCGGCCGAUUCCCGUGUUUCCGCUGGCUCCCGGCUCCGGCCACGAGCCCUUCACAGUGCGCGUGGCGGCUCCGCUGUCUGAGCCAGAGUCGGCGGCCUCCCCGGCCUCCUUCCAGCCGCCGCAGACAGUGCAGUCGUUCGUCGCGGCCGAUGCCGACGGAACGACAGGGGCGACGCGGCCGAUCUCGCAGUUUGACCUGUUCGGCGACGACUUCUUCGAUACGAGCGCCGCCGGGCUCGGCCGGGCACCGCCGCAGUUUCCCACCUUUGAGACGGUGUUCGAAGGGGCGCCGUCGCGACGCAGGGGGGCCAGGAAGCUGUCUCCGCCGGCGGAGGACGCAGUGCUGGGAUCCGGUGUCCCCGUGCGGGACACUGAUAGUCAGUCCCUCGACGCAGACGGCGGCAUCGAGUACGAGUACGGUUAUCUGGUGGACGGACGACGUGAGUCGGGGGCCGCCUUCGGUCUGCAGCAGGCGGCGGCUGACGGCAUCACACGCGGCCGGUACGAGGUGCAGCUGCCCGACGGUCGCACCCAGGUGGUGACCUACACCGCGGGAGGUCAGGAUGGUUACCAGGCGGAGGUCAACUACAUCGGAGAGGCGGUCGAGCAGCCGGCGGGCAGUCUGUGAGGCUGAGGGGAGGGAGGGGCGAAGAAGAUGGGCGUCUGUGUGGUAGAAGGGUCACCACUCGGUCACCUGUUGUCAUGACCGAGGGUUGCCUGUGCGGAGUGUAGGUGAAGCACGAUGAACUUUGCGAACUGAAUGACUGUUAUGUGAAAUGUGGCCCGGUGCUGAUCAUUCAGAAAUCAAUGCAUGGCGUCACUUGCCAGUUUUAUUCGUGACUCCAGCUGGAUAAUUCAAAGUAAAAUAGCAUAUAGGAAUGUUUAGGUAUUCAUGGUGUUUAGGCUUAGGUUGAGAUAUUACAUAUUGUAUGUCCACGACAAUAGUCCUAUAUUUCUAUUGGUCUUAACGCGUUGCUACCUGCUAGAAUUGGUUGUUGUAAAUGCUGGCCGAUAAUUGUUGUGUUUUUGUUGAAGAACUUAGAAUAAUAAAUAUUUAGUAAUGAUCUCCUUAAAA